ACAAUAUCGUACAUGUAAACGACGCGUUACGUGACCGCGCGGCAGAUCACCGGUGACCGGCGGACGGACGAUCGCGUGUGUCGUGUAAGCGAGUCUCUCUCUGAGUACGCGUUUCGCGACCGCAUGUGUCAGUGGUAUUUGUGUGAGUGUGUGUCUGCCGCCGCGAAUUCGUCGAGUGAACGUGCCGCGUCGUAAGUUCGCACGCGCCAAAGUUUCAACCGACGCCCUUUGUGAUAAAUUUAACCGUUUUGUUUUUUUCAUCUAUCCCUCCCCGAAUUCGAAGCGAUUUAUUUAUCCGUUUUCGCGGGUCCCGUCUUCUCAGUGCUCGUGUAACAACGUCAAAUUUAUAAUAUAUAUAAGCACAGGGACAUACCUAUUUUACUUGAAACGUCGCCCUCUAUGCGGAUAAUAUUCGUCCACACACGUCGCCGGAUAAUGAAAACCUCGCUUUGUCUGUCAUUAACCGAGUGGAGAAUUGAAGAUUAGUUAAGCAUGCCAUCCUGAUGGUGAUCAAAAUAAUGGCUGGUGAAUAAGUGAGCGAAUGGGGUGCACAUGGGUUGCGCGUCUAGUAGCAAAGACGUCUUCAAGUAUCGUCAUAACGCGAUUGAAAAAAAUAAUACUGUUACAUUGGACCGACUUUUACAUGAUCAAACAGCAAACACAGAAAUAUGGAAUGUGGAACAUCCAGUGAGGAAUAACGGAGUAGCUUGCAGAAGUAGAUUACGGGAUAUCUUGCCAGAAAUGUGGGACAACUGUUGUCGAAGGAGUGGAUCUGCUUCUGAUUUGUCGAGGGACACAGUAGAUGCAUAUUCACCAAUAAACCGGAGUGAUUCGCCACUAGCACAAACACCUGACAAUUUUAACAACUUCAUGUUUGGUUGUUCAAAAUAUAUUCAAGAUCUACGUUCAAAUUCUUCGUUAAAAAAGAUACUGGUAGUAACAUCUAAAGAUGAUUCGGUGUGGCAGUCCAUAGCAACAACAGCCAGAAAUCUUGAUUGGACUGUAAACCGUGUUACUAGUACGGAAGAAGCAUUGGAGUGUUUUCACAAGGGUAAUGGAGUGCCAGCAGUAGCGUUUAUUGACUGCAGAUUUCAAAAUGACAAGGCUGUAGAUGCGUAUCAAAUUGCAAGGUCGUUACGUUCGAUUAGAAAGAAUGCUCACGUUGUACUUGUCGCUUUAGUAAGGAAAAGCCUUGUGUUGAGGAACGAAAAAGACGUUACGUCAAUUUUAACCAGUGGAUUUAAUAAGAUAAUAGUAGAAACAUGCAACAAAAACGUAUGGAUCAAAGAGUUGCAACAGCUAGAAAAAGAAGAUGUAGCGAUGCGAUCAAUGCUAGCACAGCAAGACGCAGUUUUAGCUGCACUGGACAAGACCAAAGACCUCGUUAUCAUUACCGACCUCAAACACAACAUUCAAUACAUGAAUAAGUCGGGCUCGGUGAUUUUGGGAUAUACCGCUGAAGACGUUAUAAACAGACCGCUGGCUGUAUUCCACCAGCUGGGUGAUAUCGACCAAAUUACCAAAAAGCUAGAGAAAAACAUCGAAUGGGAUGGUAAAGUAUCGUGGAAGUGCAAGAGCGGCGAACACGUGUACCUACAUUGCCGAGCUUCCCCAUUUCGACCGUUUGGCAAAGAAACAACAAACUACAUAUAUAUACAAGAAAGUAUUAUAGAUGUACAUGGUUUUCCAAGAGGAAGUGUACCAUCCAUUCGUAAAGGAUCAUAUGACCUCAAAUCUAUUAACAGCGAUGAUUUUUCUAUAAUAGGCGCACAGUCAGCUCGAAGACAAAGUUUGGCAAAACUACAUAACUUGCCACUUGAAGCGCCAAUCACAAAAGUAAUAUCAUUGAUAUGUACCGCUCAAGAAAACUCAAACGACCAAGUCGUACAAAUUUUGGAUAAGGUUGUUGAUAUAUUGCGUGUCACUGAACUAUACUCGUCACAUUUAAAAACCGAAAAUAUCAAAUACGAUGAUCCCGUUACGUCAGAUCUAAUCGGAGCUCUUAUUACGCAAGGGCCUGUGCACGUAACAUCCACUCGAAGAAGCUCUAAUGAUUCAGCAACUGUUAAGAGCCAGCCUUACGGUUUGGGUAUUGCUAAAAUGAAUUUUAUGACAAGUGUAACUCCUCAAAUCAAAGAACUCUUAGACAUGUCUCUGUAUUGGGACUUCAACGUGUUUAAACUCGAAGAACUUACUAUGAAAAGACCUUUGGUACAUCUGGGAAUGAAUCUACUGACACAUUUUGAAGUACACAAAACAUUAGGCUGUGAUGAACGAACAUUGCACGCCUGGUUAACUGUGGUCGAGGGUCAUUAUCACGCUAAAAAUACUUAUCACAACUCUACACACGCCGCCGAUGUUCUUCAAGCGACUGCCAUGUUUUUGGAAAAAGAUCGCAUAAAGAGGCUUUUAGAUCAAUUAGACGAGGCAUGCUGUCUGAUCGCAGCAAUCACCCACGACAUCGAUCAUCCCGGAAAAUCGAGCGCAUUCUUAUGUAAUUCCCAAAACGAUUUGGCUAUCCUGUACAACGACAUAAGCGUUUUGGAAUCGCACCACGCCGCUUUAACGUUUAAGCUCACUACUAAGGACGAACGGUUGAACAUUUUUAAAGGUCUGGAAAAAGACACGUACAAAGUGGUAAGACAGAACAUUAUCGACAUGAUAUUGGCCACCGAGAUGACGAAACAUUUCGAACAUUUAGCCAAAUUCGUGAGCGUAUGCAACAAACCAUCGACACUCGACGAAGCGCCCGUCGAUGGAUUAACUCCUAGCGAAGUAAGUCCUGAGGCUAUAAUGCCUACCAGUGCCGAGGAAAUAAAUCUGGUGAAGAGGAUGUUAAUCAAAUGCGCAGACGUGUCCAAUCCGACAAGACCACUAAAGAUGUGCGUAGAAUGGGCCAAACGGAUUGCCGAGGAAUACUUUAAUCAAACUGACGAAGAGAAACUCAAUCAUUUGCCAGUGGUUAUGCCAAUGUUUGACCGAGUGUCGUGUUCCAUACCAAAAUCUCAAAUCGGCUUCAUGGACUACAUCAUAAACGACAUGUUUGAGACGUGGGACUCAUUCAUAGACAUGCCGGAGAUGUUAUACUACAUGAGGAGUAACUAUCAAUACUGGAAGGAUCUGGAAGAAAAAGGAACGAUCAGCUUUAACGACAUUUGCAAAAUGAUGACCACCACCUUGCCAAAGAUACCCGAGUCCAGUGGCAACCACUAAGAAAAUUAUUGACGAACUCUCUACAAACUGCUGAGUCCACUGUAUUAGACAUAGAGGUCGACGGAUAAAAUAUUUCUAAAUCUAUUGUUCGGUAAUUGUCUGAUACAAAAUCAAGGUGGAUAAUAAUAAUUAUUAUUAUUAAUAUUUAUUGUACAAAAUGUGUCCAACGAUUCUAUCGAUGUUAAUUGGAAAUAUUGUUUUAUAAGGAUAUUUACUUUUCGUAUCCAUAAAACAUUGGAGUAAAAAUAAUAAACCAAUGCAAUAUUUAUUUUUAUGUGUAUAAUAUACUUCUAUUUAACUAGUGUAUAUUUUGUAUAUAGUAUUUACCAAUACCCUUACCUUCAAAUUGAGCAUGUUUUUUUAUUAUUAUUAUCAUUAUAAUUAUUGUUUUAUCAUCUUUGAUAAAUUAUGUAAGUUAUACUUAUACGCUAUUUUCUGCGUUUUAUUAUAGAAUAUUUUCGGUUUACGUAAAAUCGAAUUUAAAUACUA